AGUCGGAAGUGGGUGGGGUGUAGUGAGUAAAUAGAAGAAAUUCAGUCUCCGCUGUUUUCUCUGGUCGAGGUUAGGGAAGUUAUCGCAUGUACUUUUGUUAGUAUGUUAAUAACAAUUUAGUUAGAAAUAACCAUAUGUAGUCAAGAAACUGUUACGUAAAAUGGGAUGACUAAAAGGCACGUCUUAACUGCAUCAUAUAAUAAAACAGAGUACGAGGAGACUGCAGAGAUCAAUCGUAGAUGAAGGGGCGGGAAUUAGCCAUCAGCUGUUUAAUAUCUUAGUGAAAUAAGGUAAACUGAGGAGGAGUCGUGAGAGGGACGACGGAAGCAUUCUUUGCCCUUGAUUUGUAGAAACCCGGAUGUCCGUUGCGCGGUAUUUAUUUUACUGAAAAUAAAACGCAGUAAAGUUGGAACUCGCGCAAAUGGUUAAAUGUAUUCCUGUCACACUCAACUUAUUUUUGGUGUUUGUAAGUUUGAUAUGGAAAGAUUUUUGUUGGGUAACAGAUGCUUUUGCAAGGUACUAUAAAACAGAGAAGAUGACAGAAGAGUCUCCAAAGAGGCGCAAAGCCAAUUUCAAUGAAGCAGAAACGGAGAUGCUGGUUGAAGAAGUACUGAAGCAUGAGGGAGUACUUUUUGGUACAGGACCGACUAGGAUAUCCCCUGGACAGAAGAGAAAAAUCUGGGAGAGCAUCAUGCGCAAGAUCAAUGUUGUGGCAGCAUGCCCAAGGGACGUGGAGGAUUUGAAGAAGAGAUGGCGAGAUCUGAAACGGCGAGACCGCGAAAGAGUGUCCAGGAUUUCCUGGAGUAUACAAAGCAGUGGCAGUGACCCCCACUCAGUGGAGGAUUUUUCAAUGAAGGAUGAGAGAUUUUUUACUUCUUUCCAUCCAGACAUUGUACCAACAGUAGGUGGAAUUGACACACUGGAAUUUGCAAGUAAUUCCUCUGGUCAAGGGGGCUUGAUGGAUAUUGCAGGUUCUUCCCAUCAGUCAUUUCAUCAGGAUGAUAUGGACCUUAAAGAGGAGCUGGAUCUAGAAAUUGUAAAGCAGGAGGUGAGUGUGGAUGAAGAAACAGUUGGAUUGCCCAGCCAUGAGCCACAACUUUCCAUCAGUACACCGACUGCCAGCGUAAUUGCAUCCCUUCCAUCGAGGGGACAUAAGAGAAAAGGCAGCUAUAAAGCCCAUCCUUUCCCGAAUCAGGCAGACUACACAGAAGAUGAACUGCUUCAGUUGCAGCAGCAACAGACUGAAGCUAUUCAAGCUGGAUUUGAUAGCAUUAACCAGAACCUGGGAAUCUUGCAGCAAGGUCUGUAUGAUCUGGGCAGUAGCUUGAGCCUUGUAGCACAGACUUUGGUUGAAAUAAAAAACAUUUAUGUAAAGAAUAACACUAACAGAGACUGUACUGAAGCUUCUACUCAGACUGGACCCCUUGAUUAUCAGGACUCUUUAAAAUGCUCAUCUGUUGAUGACAAGGAGAUCAGAGUCAAAGCCAAGCAGUGAUUCAAUUCAUCAAGACCCAAGUUGUGCCAUUAGGUCAGAGAUAACAGAAGACCGAACAAAACUGUAUAACCAUGAGAAACAUAAUUUUGACGUGCCUAAUAUAGAAGCAAAGGUAGUAGCAUGAGAUUUUUUUUUAAUGAAGGUCUUUUUCCAUCUUUAGUAACUUUGGAAUACCACACUAAUUAUCUUGAAGACGAGUUUUAAGCAAGUUUGGUGGUAGAAUAUCUGUGACACGAGAUGAUAUUGCAGCAAUAAAUUUUCAAGCAUUUUCUUCUAGAGACCCCUCCCAGUCAUU